GGCCGCCGGCGGAGCCAAUGGCUGCCGCUCGCCGGCUCCGCAGGCAGCCCCACCUCGGGCUGGCUGCGCGGCCCGCGUACCGGCCCGGGGAGAGGUUCGGCGGCUGAGAGGCAAGAUGGCGGCAGCCCCGGCGCUGGCUGCCGGGCUGCGCGUGGCGCGCAGGGCGGUGGCGGUGGCGGGGCCGCGGGGGGCACAGGGUCCGUGCAUUGGCUGCUGCCUUCCAAGCCUACCUGAAGCCCAGCUGACCGAACGCCUGCUCCGGGCAGCCUCCUCAGCGCCCCCUGCAGGAAAUGAGAUCCGAGGAGCUGCAGGUGUGACUGAUGGAAAUGAAGUGGCCAAGGCCCAGCAGACAGCUCCUAGGGGAGCAGCUCCAACUGUCUUCUCCCGGAUCCUGGAUCGAAGUCUCCCAGCUGACAUUCUAUAUGAGGACAAGCAGUGUCUCGUAUUCCGUGAUGUGGCCCCUCAAGCUCCUGUGCACUUCCUGGUCAUUCCUAAGAAGCCCAUUCCUCGGAUUAGCCAGGCUGAGGAAGACGACCAGCAGCUUCUAGGACACCUUCUCCUUGUGGCCAAGAAGACAGCAAAGGCUGAAGGCCUGGGAGAUGGAUACCGACUUGUGAUCAAUGAUGGGAAGCUGGGCGCACAGUCUGUGUAUCAUCUGCACAUUCAUGUACUUGGGGGCCGACAGCUCCAGUGGCCUCCAGGUUGAACCUACCAACUGACCAAGAACCCCAGACCUGGAUGCUUGGAGGGUGGGGGAAAGGGACCCUAUGAUGCUAAUAAACUUGCUCUCCCUCGA